UAGUGGGGUGGAAUUCCCUCAUGCAGGAGUUUGCACUGGAUGCCUUUACAAAGCUGGAUACUCUGGGAGCAGCGUGGGCUGAUGGAGUAGGAACUAGCCUGAGCGAUCUUUACGAGCUGAGAUCCUGCACAUCGCAGAAGGAAACCUGUGUGUAACUUUCUCUGGAGGAACCGAGGAUUUUUGUAGUUGGUCUUCUAGUAUUUUAAAUCUGAGAACCCAGUAGAGUCUUUUCCGCAGUGAUGAGGGAGUGACAAGUCGGAGUUUCUAUCAGUGCACCUGGAAACUGUGAGCAGCUAACGCCUGCUGCUGAGCCCCCAAUGGGAUUAAGGCCAAACUCCUGCACUCCUCACAGGGAUGAAGGUAGAGCCAUGUUACCUGCUACCUAAGCUCACUGCUGCUGAUGUGGUUUGUGGAUAUGGUCCCAGACCAGGCUCCGUGCACAGACUCUCAGCUCUGAUCCCACCUGAGACGUUUUAGCGGCAGCAGAGACCCCAGCUGUGGAGUGGGCUCCCCCGACCACCCUGUGACAGAGGGCCUGCAGCGCUGGAGAGUUACUAUGCAGCUUGGACUGCUUGUGGUGGUGGUUUUUCUAAGCUCGAUGGAUCUAACAGGCAGCAGCAAAGUGGUGAAGGGCAAGAGGCAAAGACGAAUCAGCACCGAGCUGAGUCAGGGCUGUGCCAGAGGCUGCGACCUGUGCUCCGAGUUCAAUGGGUGCCUGAGGUGUUCCCCCAAACUCUUCAUCCUUCUGGAGAGGAACGAUAUCCGACAAAUUGGGAUCUGCCUGCCUUCUUGUCCACUGGGAUACUUUGGCCUUCGCAAUACAGACAUGAACAAGUGCAUCAAAUGCAAAAUUGAGAACUGUGAGUCCUGUUUCAGUCGAAAUUUUUGCACAAAAUGUAAGGAAGGUUUGUAUUUGCACAAAGGGAGAUGCUACAUCACGUGCCCCGAAGGCUACGCUGCUGCCAACGGCACCAUGGAGUGCAGCAGUCCUGCACAAUGUGAAAUGAGUGAGUGGGGGCCCUGGGGGCCCUGCUCCAAGAAGAGGAAGCUCUGUGGCUUCAAGAAGGGCAAUGAAGACCGAACACGGCGGAUCCUGCAGGCUCCCUCUGGAGACGUGUCCCUGUGUCCACCCACCACCGAGGUGCGGAGGUGCACUGUGCAGAAGAGCCAGUGCCCCGAAGGGAAAAGGAAGAAAAAGGAAGAGCAAGGAAAGCAAGAUAAUGGAAAUAGAAAUCGGAAAGACACCAAAGACACUAAGUCUGGCACCAAGAAGAGGAAGAGCAAACAGAGAGGGCCCACGGUGGCCGUGACACCUGCCAGCCCUGCCCAGUAGCUGGCCCUGUGUGUCACCUGAUGGCAAGACUCCAUUGCUGCUAUGUGUAUGAAAGCUUUACUGAACAGAGCACUGCUACACCACACCCACACGUGUCCAGACAGACAUAUACUCCAGACUGAUCCAGAGACCAACAGAGGCCACACACACAAUACUUCAGGAGGCUGCACCCACCCCUGGCCCGGGACCAGAGAAGGACACUGCCAAGGAGUGGAAGCUGCCGAGGAGUGGAAGCGCACACAGAGAGGGGAAGCCCACGGCCCCAGGGCUCUGCUGCAGGCAGGAGAGGUGGAGGAUGAGCCAGCAAAGGACACAGAUGUGAGAUUUCAUGACCAAAGGCCUCAACUGGAGCCUGAGUGAGUGGCCCCACACAGCUCCAGUGCAGCCCCACAGAGCCAGGGGAUGACUGGACUCAAACGGCCACUUGCCCCAACCCGGGACCCAGACAUACAUGGCAGUGGCCUCUUUCUCUUCCCCAUACCCUUCAUUUUGUGUUUUAAGCUGUAUGACUUUAUCAUUGCGAAUACAUGUUAAAAGUUUGUGAUAAGAGGUCAGUGGUAUCUGCCCCGAAUCUGCUUCAAAUAAUUAUUUCAAAUUAAAAAAAAAACAACCAACAAAAAAAAAGACAACCAGCUUCCUGAGUAUGUGGUUCAUACCUUGGCCCCUAUGGAGGCUGGUGUCCCACAGGACAGAGACUCACUUGUGGAAGGGAAACUCACCAAAGCUUUAAGAAAAUCCCAGAGAAUUCUGUCAGCUGCACUGCAGCCACAAACCAGCUGUCCUGAGCAAAGGACCCCAGCUGUGCCCCGCCAAGCCCUGAGGAAUUCCCUUAUGAAGGAUCCAGUUAACACACAGCAGAUUGAGAAAAUGAGAGGUUACAACGUACCACAGGUUGCCAAAACAUUGUGGCUCCACUCGGGCAGUCACAGCUGUGGGACUGUCGUGGGCUGGGGACACACUGGUCCAGCUACUGGACACCACCCCAGCACAUGGCAGGAGGGAGGCAGGCAGGAGGGGAAGGCACAGCUCAGGUUCUGCAGAAGAGAAAUAAAUUUUUAAGUUGGGUAGAAACAACUUGUCUGCAUACCACCAGCUGGAAUUCUCUGGAUUCUCCUGCUCUGCACAAGCUGACAUCUGGACAGAGGAACCAGGACAAGGACUGUGCAGAACAGGCUGCAUAGGGUGCAUGGGGAUGCUGUCAGCUCUGUACAGGGAGUUCUACCUUUGGUGGUGUCACAAAGUGCCACAUUGCUCACUGCCUCGUAUUUUAAAAUGUGCUUCCUCUGUAUAAUUAUGUGGAGACACAUUUAAUUCCUCCAGAGUUCAGCAGAAGCCCUCUGGUCCUGAGGGAUGGAGUUGGGGAGAUUCUUGGCUCCCAGAGAUGUGCCCUGGGUGGAUCAGGGACAUGGUGCUGGAGCUCCAGCUCUCCUGGGAGGGUGAUGGACAGGGGAAAGCUCACCCUAAACUAAACCUGGUGAAUCCUGGCUGCUCUCACUUCCGUACCUCCCUCUGCUCUGUGGUUUUGGAGGGCAGAGCGAGCCAGCGGGAGUGUGGGGACACCUGUGGAAGAGCCCCCAUCUCUCUGAGGGGUCACCUGCCCACACCUGCAGCCCUGGUUCUCUCCUGCAGCUCAUGGCUCUGCCGAGGACAAGGACACCCCAACUCCCUUCCCCGCCGCCCCGGGGCUGGCUUGGCUCGCUGCAGGCUGUGGGGCUGCACAGUUGUUUCACCUCCGGAGCUGUACCAAGCUGUCCGUGACUGCUCUGCUGGCAGAAAACCUUUCAGCCCAUCAUCCACUUUGUGUUUAAGUAAACAAGAAGCUGUUACAUCUUUGAAAGGGGAUUCCAUUUCAGCACAAUGAUAAACGACCAGCAUACCAAGCAGGGAGAGAAAGAGGUUCUUAAAAGUCAUGCUUUGAAUUGUUUAUGGAUCAUGUUCAGAUGACUCCUGAAAGCCUCCCAGCUCAAAGAUCCAAUCUCAUCCUAUUUUCUAGCCUGUGAGAGAAGUAUUUUGUUUGUGCCACAGUGUUGCCUGUAAGCAGAACCAUUUUCCCUUCUGCUUUCAGCAGCACCCACCAGUCACCCACUGGUGAACCUCAGCUCACCCACCUCCCUCCUGCUGCUGUAUCUCCAUCCAGUUCUCAGCGAGGAUUAGGGAAAAGAGGGGGUGCACUAGGAAGAUUUUCUACAUGAGGCUCUGUUAAUGACUCGAUUCCCUGCAGUAACUCCUGGCACUAUUAGCACAACUGUUUCAAAACUAAACUGCGUAUAAUAAAUCAACAGAACCUACUUUAGAGAACUCUAGAGAUUUUUAGAAAAACUGUCAAACUUCUUUCUGUUGUAGCCUCUUCCCUCCUUUCUUCCUUUUUCACAGCAAAAUGGGAAGAAAAAGGGACAAAGACAACAGAAAGUUUAAAAUGCAUACUAAGAAUAUCUGAGAUUUUUUCAGUAUGAGUAAUUUUAAAAUUAAAUUGGUUUAGAACAAUUAGGAGAAAAAAUAUAAGAAAGAAGUCAAUUUUUUUUUUUUAAUCAACUCAAGAACUGUGCUUAUUCCCACUCCCAGAGAGCAGGUUUAGUUAUGAAUUUAGGAACAUUAUGCCUUUGAUCAAUGUGAACUGCAUGCUGAGCUCCCCAGUCCAAGCUGAGAUGUCCUUAGCAAGGUGAUGUCACCUCAGCUCACACACGCACGUGAGCGCUCUCUUUCCGCCCACCAAAUAACCCUGCUGUGGUGUUCUCUCCAUGGCAUCACUGUAAAAUACACGUGUUUAAGCAAAUAAAUCAUUAAAUGGGUUUGCUGAAGCAGCUUAAUUUGUUUAUUCACCAAAAUUUGAGUCAAAUCCCAAAUAACCAAAAAUGUCCACAGACAGAGCAAGCCUCUCCUGAGAGCCAUCUGUCUACAUCCAGGAGCCAAAGGAGUCGACACAGAUCAAUGAUGGGAACACCACUGCUCUGACUCCUGUGCUAUUCCCACCCUGUGCUUUGACCGGCUCGAUGCUGAACUGGAGAAGCAGCUGCUGGAUGGACAGACAGACAGACAGACAGACAGAUCCUUUGUCGGGAACUCUGCUGCACAGGAAACAUCAUUAUUUUCCCUGCUGAGCAACCUGCUGUUGUUCUCUGGACAGAAUUCCACUCAGAAUCUGCAGGACUGUUUCUAGGCAGUUUCCUCAGCCUUUGCCCAUGCCAUGGGGGACAAAGGGCCAGGAACAAUGAACAGCUUACAGUUGUGGGUUUGAAACUGUUCGAUUUCUCUCUCGUUUGCUGAAAUUUAGAAGCUAAAGCAGAUGAAUGUCACCAAACACAGGUUGGUUCUAUCCUGUUCUUACCUUCUCUGAGUAAUUUAAACCUGUAUUUUUCGUCAGAUACAGUCAAUGAACUGUGUGCACACACACUCCUGAUGCAGUAAUUCACUGGCUUUCCACCCCAGGGAGGUAGGGGCAAUGUAUAUACUGCUUAGCCCAUGUUUAUGUUAAAAUGGUUUCUCACUCAGAAGAAAUCUUAGCUUUGAUUAAAGGAAACAGAGUAGAAUAGUGAAACAGGUUAUCUCCAACACUGUUGUUUGGAUUACAUUGUCUGAGAACACUAAAAGGGAUAGCCCAGAUAUAUUUACAGAUUUAUUAAGUCAAUAGCCUUCACAGAGAGAGUGAGAGAGAGAUGUUAGGCAUCAUGCUUAAAAAAAUCUCUAUUAAAAUUACAGAAAUACCAGUGUAUUUAACCAGUCACCAUAAAUAAAUCACCCUGAUGGCCUUUAUGUACACAGUAAUACAUCACACCCAACUGAAUGCCAAACCAUAGUUUAGAUGGAGCUUCUUGCUGGAAUACCCAUGAUUUUUGAAGAGCAGUAGGAUCUUAGAAAAAAAAGAGGCAGUCAGGUAGGUUGUGUUGUUAUUUACAGCCCGAGGUGAAGUGCCAGGUUAGAGGCACUGACAGGGCUGCUCAAGGCCAUGGCCCCUCUUGUGCCCCACGGGAGCCCAGCCUGACAGGGAAGAAGUUCCUUUUCAGCACAGGUAAAAUCAAACACUACAGGAAAACAUUUACAUGUAACUGCUUUAGCCCUCAGAGCAGUGGUGAACUCCAAGUCUCCAUUCCCAGAGUGAAGCCGAGAGCUCUGCAGAACGGGCACAGCUCUGAUACCCCAAGCUCCGAGGGCUCAAUCCUGCUGGGCACAGCUCAGCCUGGGCUCUCAAAGUCCUCUUACACCUUUUGGCCUUUUUUCUUGACUUGGGUUUUCUCCUCCCUCC